UUUUCCGGCGCUCAUUCGCAUAACCGAACCACACGAUGCUCGUCCAGCAUCAGACAGAUCGGGCAGGAGUAGAUAAUGCCAAUGAUGCGGAUUCCCUUGGAAACGUAUCGGCCCCGCGGCUGCAAAUAAGUUGUGUGACACCCCUACGAAGGUGACCCAAACGGCCAUGCCAAUACAUUCGACACAACAUGAUGCAAUCAAGAGGCAAGCAGGGUGCUUCUUGGCAUGGGCCCCCACAGCACUAUGUGCAUUCCCGUCCGGCCCGCGGGCCGCAGCCCCCGACCCAGGCCGAGGGGAACACCAGACAUGCCAUGGCCGCUCCCGGCCGACGUCGCGCUGCCAGGGCGGCGGGCGCGUGCAAGGCCACGACGCAGGGCGAACAGGAGAAGGGGGAGGAGGAGGAGGAGGAGGAGGAGGAGGAGCUUCUUCCCAGAAGCACCAGAAGGGAGGAAGUUAGAGGCCACUCUCGGCGCCAGCGUGUCGUGAUCGCCACUCUCGGCGCCUCGGGGCCAGCGCCAGGCCCCAAGGGCCGCUGAAAAACCACUCGUCCGUGGAAUUGGGUCGGUCCACAGGUGUACAGGCAGGCCUACCAGUGGAGGCCCAUGCACAAAAACACCCUGCUUGCCUCC